AAUUGCAUGUGUUGGCAAUGCAAAGAGCAACUACUCUUUACGUUUCUCUUUGUUGGGAAACUGGGGCUUAGCCGAAGCUAACUCAAGCUGGUCGUAUAACGGCGUUGUAGGCUUUGGCUAAUUUCUGAAAGGUUAUCUUGUUUCUGUUGGUUGAAGUGGAAAAAAAACCACAACAAAAAAAAAUAGUUGGACGAAUUUGUUUUAACGUGUGGUGGUAACCAUGCUCUUCGAUAGGUCAAGUUUUUAUUAGAGUUUGUCGGUCUUGGUAAGCGGAACUGCGAGUUUAACUACCCACCUCUGUUCGGGCUAUUCGCCAACAAGCAGAUUAACGAUAGACAGUUCAGAAAUUAGACGGUGCCCGGUAGUGAAACAGUCUUUAAGCGAUCGUAACGUGAACGUUUAACUCAGUCGUAAUUUCAGCUGCCUGUCUGUCCUUUUUUUAAAGGGUUUGCUGCGUUAUCAUCAGCGAGUUUAGCUUUGCCGAACUUAUUCAUACGUGCCCACGUAUUGUUUCUAUGGCGGGUGGUUUUGCUUUCUUCGCCAGAAGUAUUUGAAUGCAUGACGUUUUCCCUCCUUUCCUUUUCUGUCGCUUGUAGUUGCAUCCGCGCUAUCUCGAAGCUAACUAAGCUAGCGUAUUUCGUUAAAGAAACAGCUCCUGCACUUUGGCAAUAACCAUUAUGUUAUCUGAGGGUACGUGAAAAGUGUCGCUUACCCCACUAGCCCAAGCGCAAAAACUGCAGUUAAAGCAAUCAGUAAAAGCGGCGCUUUGACAAGUAAUUCCAGUUAUUCACAUGUAUGUCAUAUCUCACAUACACAUAUGUAUAUAAUUGUAUAAUGCAUAUAUUUGAAGGCAGUGAAAAAGGAGGAAAAUGCAUACAAAAGUGUGCCUUUUUUAACAUUUGAAGCCACAUGAGUGCGGUCGUGAUACGGUUUAUGCUCAGUAUUCUUUUUACCAGUAUAAGACUGUGUGAACUACAGUAUGUCUAAACACUGCAGUAACCUGACAUUUGAUGGCGCCUUAAUAGUCCGAGUAAAGUUUGUGUUUCUGUGGGUUAUCUGCCUUUCCUUUUAUGUGGACCAAAAUAAAACAGUUCGGUUUGUCCUACUCCAGAGAUGCUCGAGUACAUACCCUUUGUCCUUUUAGAUGACUUAUCUAACUUUUUGGUGUGAGUUUACAACUUGACUCGCAUGUUACAAAUGGACUGCGUACCAGGUGGGGCAGUUUUCAGCACAAAGCUGAGGGGUGGAUAGGGUGGCUGCCUGUCUUCUAUUUUAAACCCCACCCACGUUAUAGCCAUAUCCUUUCAUCAGCCCAAAGGGGGGAUCUGAGGGGGAACUCUCCUCAGUCAGGAGACACCACAUAUCCCAUAUGGAAGCCUGCACGCGAGCCAGGAAAGCAGCAUUGGGACAUACUUUGGGUGUGUCGUGUUGUGAGAUGGGGUGUUUGCGCAGAUGCUGUGGGUUUUUGUGUUUUUCGAAGAUUCGAUCAGUUAGCAGUGGAAGUUUAUCACUUUUCCUGCUUUUUUUGUUAUAACGGUGGUGAUUGGACAGUUGGAGCCUUUGUAAGUUAGUGGAGUUACUGUGUGACUAUAAAGGCAAACAAGAGACUGAUUGUCAAGGUCAAUGAAGAUGCCUACUGUGAAGUACCAGAAAGGGGACACUGUGAUGGGCCGCUGGCCCGGCAGCAGCCUGUACUAUCAGGUCAAGGUGCUGGGCUUUGAUUCCAAAAGCCAGCUCUACACUGUCAUCUACAAAGAUGGUACAGAGCUGGAGCUCAAGGAGCAAGACAUUAAGAGCGUCACUGGUUUCCAGACCCGCUCCCGUUCUCGCUCUCGUUCCCGCUCACCAGGCCGCCGUCGCAGCCGUUCACGCUCCCCGGCAAGGACCACACGUCGUUCGUCAUCUCGUACAGCGGCAGCCGUCGCUGCAACAGCAAUCACAGAGAGUACACCGUCUUCUCGCAGAGAUACCAGACUGAAGGAUACAGUGGAAGUGAGGCUCAGCCCUGUGGAACAGACAAAGGCAGCAGAGAACAGUAGCAACAAUAAGCAUGAAAAGAAAGAGGAGAAUAACACUGCUAGCAAAGUGAUUGAGAAGUCUGAAGCUAAGGUGGAGGCAGAGUCUGAGAAAAACCAAGGCCCUUAUAAUCUACGCCGUAGGAAGGCUGACGGAGAUGCCAAACCAGCUGAAGCCAAACCAGAUCAGCCAGAAAAAAAGGCUAAGGAGGCUGCAGCCCCGUCCACCAUCCCCUCCGCCCCACUCGACUUUGGAGGGAAGAUAGGAGCGUACUUCUGGCUGCUCUUCUUGCCAGCCUGGGUUCUCUUUGUAAUACUUCAAGGCAACCUAACGGACCCCAGUCUGUUCAACGCCCCCCCUCCUCUGCCUCCACUUGACACCUUCUGGGAUGCCCAGGCUCUUUGCUUUGUCAUCCUCUGGAUCUUAUUUCAGGCACUGCUUUACAUCCUGCCAGUUGGAAAACUGAGUGAGGGCAUGCCACUGAGGUCUGGAGUGAGGCUGAAGUACAGAACCAAUGGUUUCUUUGCCAUAAUGGUGAGUGCUAUAGUGGUGGCAGUAGCACUGCACCAGGGUGCUGAUCUUACCUACAUCCACAGCCACUUCCUCCAGCUGGCGACUGCCACCUUCAUCAUCUCCGUCCUGCUCAGCAUCUACCUGUAUGUUCGCUCUCGCUAUGCCGCCUCAGAAGAGCUGGCACUGGGGGGAAACUCAGGCAAUGUGGUUUAUGACUUUUUCAAAGGACGUGAACUUAAUCCCCGCAUCAAAAACUUUGAUCUGAAAUUCUUCUGUGAGAUGCGCCCUGGACUCAUUGGCUGGUGUUUGAUCAACUUUGCCAUGGCGUUGGCUGAGAUGAAGAAGCACAAUCUUGAUGCUCCAUCAUAUGCCAUGAUCCUAGUGAACCUGUUCCAGCUGCUCUACGUGGUGGACGGCCUCUGGAAUGAGGAGGCUAUCCUGACCACCAUGGACUUGAUGCAUGAUGGUUUUGGCUUCAUGUUGGCUUUUGGUGAUCUGGUGUGGGUUCCUUUUACGUACACCUUGCAAGCGUAUUACCUGGUCCUCCAUCCCAAUGCCCUGAGCCUGCCAGCAGUCAUAGCCAUCGUCACACUCAAAUUGAUUGGCUUCUAUAUCUUCAGAAAAUCUAACUCUGAGAAGAAUGCCUUCAGGAGAAACCCAUCCAACCCUAAACUGUCCCAUUUGAAAACGAUCCCUACAGCUACAGGGAAAAGUCUCCUGGUCUCUGGCUGGUGGGGAGUGGUUCGCCACCCUAACUAUUUGGGAGACCUCAUCAUGGCUCUGGCCUGGUCCCUACCCUGUGGUUUCAGCCACCUCCUGCCGUGGUACUACAUGAUCUACUUCAUCAUCCUGCUUGUACACCGAGACUCGCGUGACAUGAGCGAGUGCAGGAGGAAGUACGGCUCGGCAUGGGACGAGUACUGCAGAACUGUCCGCUACCGGAUCAUCCCCCGCGUCUACUGAGGAAAUCGACCCUGGACACUCAGAGCUGAGGACAUUUUUUGUUUGUUUUAAACCCAGUAUAAACAGCUGUGUGAAGGCUCCCAAAAUAUGAAUGGAUUGACCGAUUUGACCUUUUGUACUUUUUAUUUUUUUGAUUGCUUAAUUCUGAACUGAAGGAGGACUGAAUUUUUGAUGAUCAUGAUAUUAUGGACUUUUUGAAAAUUGCCUUUUUUAUAAUUAAAAAAAAAUUAAUGUAUACAUAAAAGUUUACAAAACGAGGGGAAAAAUGAAACGCCUCUGCUAGGAAUGUCUUGUUAGGAUGUAUAUUUUUGUAUAUACAUAUUUUGUUUUUAUACUUAAAGAAUAACACACCACAUGCUUAUGUUUUUGGUACAUGUUACCGUGCCCCAAUUCUAAAAAUUUUACAGCAUCAGCUUGGCUAAUAUAGAUGAUUUUGUAAGUAUGGCUUCCUGUUAGGAAUUCUGUGGCUUGUGCAUAUUGUGAAGGAUGGGAUGGAAACAUGCUACCCCUCUCUGAUAAGCUGUACAGUGGAACUAGGACUCGUGUUUCUUCUCAGGACCAGGGAUGUUGUCAGAAAGUCAGAUUAGAAAAGUUUUGUCUUAAUUUUGAUGUGAAUACUUUUAUAGAGAGAUCUAGUUUUGAUUUGAAAUUGUAAAAAUGAUAUUAGAGGCUUUGAGAAAAAUGCACUAAUGCGUCAAAGCAUUUUUUUUUUCUUUCUUUUUGCGUGAUCACUUCCAAAGUGUUUAAAUUUGGCUUUGCUACCUCAGAUUCACUCACUGUCCACUUCUUCCUCCUUGGUGCUCUCUGGGAGGCAGUGUGUGUAAUUAUGAGUGUAAUGUCACUGCUACAUGACAUAAACUUGUGAAUAUGUAAUUUUCUAAUUUGAACAUGUGGCAAGUCUCCACAUCACAGGUGAUGGAACUUUGUUGGUUUUUUUUCACCUCCCCACCUUUCCCACAGUUAUUUCUAGAUGUUUGCCUCAUCGUGUUCUGGGUGAUGAUUUCUCUGCAGUUUCACAUCAAUUUGGUGUUUUUAUCUUUUCAAGCUUUAACUUGCCAGGUCAGCUGACAGUGACCACUUAGUGAAGUUUAUACUGUGACAACAUGAGGAGCAGUCGACUGUGUAAGAAUUUGUAACCUGUGCAUUUUCAAAUCCAAAUUAAGUAUUUUUAUGCCUGUGCAACUGUAGGCGAUAAUACAAGUAGCAAUAGAUAACUCCAUUGGGUAGCAUUUUUUUUUAAAAUUUUUUUUUUUUUAUGCUGUUCUGACUGAAUACCAUGUAAAUAUUUUUUAAUCAUGUUUUAAUUAAAGUAAGUAAAAGUAGUAAUGCCAGUAAUGUUUCUCAUUAGAUAUUUAAUGUUGCUUUUUAAUUUUGACCACUGUAGGCCACUGUUUCCACACUUAGAUCUGCCAUGGUUCUAGACAAAAUUCACAAUUGAUUAAAGGGUUUUAGAAAGGUGUAUAUACUCUUCACCUGAUUAGAGAGGGGAAAACAAUUAAGUCUGAUCCUUGAGACAUUGACCAUUCUCUUUGCUCCAGGACCCAUUGUGGUAAUACAAAACUUGUUUGCUUUGACUGUGACUGGUGAGCAAUACUUUGGAUGUAUUUUGAUAUAUGACAGCAAUAAAUAAGAAUAUUAACUAGUCCAGGAAGCUGCCUAUCAGUUCUGUGACAGCAACUGGACAAAGCUAAUCUGUACAAAUGUUGCGGCAUGAAAUAAAGAAUUACAGUAUUUCA